UUGAGGGGUUGGAAACAUGGCGGCGGCAGAGCUAAUUCGAGCGUUAAAUUCACUAGCAGAUGAAGUGGAGCGUGUACAGAGAAACGGUAGUAUUUCCGAAGAUUGUUACGCGUAUAUAUGUGAUAGAACCAAUACGUUGUUGGAACGUCUGGGAGAAUUUUCUGCCUUAUCAGGCGCCGACACCCGUUUGGCUGCUGACAUUUUAAAGGUAGUAGAAGAACGAUUGUCUUCGGAUAGGCCUGGGAGAGUGGGGAGACCAGCCGUGGAGAUUCCUGGCGAGGCCAUAGAAGGGUAUCUUAUGUAUGGGCUACACGUUAAAGAUAUCGCGGCCUUGUAUGGAGUUAGUCGAUGGACGGUACAUCGACGAAUGCAGCAGUGUGGACUGAAAGUUUCAGAGUUGUACUCUGGCAUUGACAAUACCGAACUGGACCGUUUGGUGAUGGAGAUUCAAAGGGAGCACCCACAGUGUGGGUACCGUAUGAUGAGAGCUUUUCUCCAAGCAAGUGGACAUUUGAUUCCGUUUUUUAGGGUACGUGAAUCACUACACAGAGUGGACCCAGAGGGAACACAACUUCGAGCCCUGGCUAACCGGACUCUUCAUCGCAGACAGUACUCCGUUCCUGGUCCGAAUUGCAUGUGGCAUAUAGAUGGAAAUCAUAAAUUAAUACGAUGGCGAUUCGUGAUCCAUGGAGGCAUUGAUGGGUUUAGUCGUCUUGUAGUUUAUCUGAAUGCUGCUACUAACAAUAAUGCCACCACUGUGCUGGAUGCUUUCCUUGGUGCUGUUAGCCAGUAUGGGUUGCCAUCUCGUGUUCGUUCAGAUAAAGGAGGUGAAAACAUUGAGGUUGCUCAAUUUAUGGUUCAGAACCGUGGAGAAAACCGCAAUUCACACAUUACGGGAAGGAGUGUUCACAAUCAGAGGAUUGAACGUCUUUGGCGAGAUGUAUACACACAAGUCCUUGAUUUGUUCCACACAUUGUUUUACCAUUUGGAGAUGACUGGACUGUUGAACCCUGAUGAUGAGAUCCACAUUUUUGCUCUGCAUUGGACCUUUUCCCUCCAGUUACAACAUCAGCUUAACACUUUUAAAGAAGCAUGGAACUUUCACAGACUGAGAACAGAGAACGGUCGAUCUCCAUAUCAGCUUUGGCUGCAAAACAGAGAUGCUGCUGAUGAUUUAGGGACUGUUGAUGAGGACUAUGGUGUUGACUGGGAUGGACCACCUGCCAUGGAAGAUGCAAACAGCAUUUCAAUCCCAGAUGUGCAGUUGCCACGCAGCCUCAAUGCAGAAGAGAUUGCAGGUCUUCCCAACCGGGAUGUUCCGCUAAAUGCCACAGUGAAUGUUUAUAAUUCCACAGUGGAACAACUGACAGAGAUUUUAAGAUAUUAGAUGUUUUAGCAUUGAGGACUGAUGCCAUGAAGUGACUUUCUUUUGGUGAGUUUAUUGUAACAUUGUGUAUGAAAUGCCUGAAUUACAGCAAGGCUUUCUGAUAACUUGUUCUUAUGUAAACUUCAUUUAACUCACAAGAAUUUUGAACAUUGCAAAACUGGGAAAGUUCCUUUCAAGAACAUGCAUUUAUAAAACAACAAUAAAAAUGCUGAAGACGACAAACACGU